GAAAAAAGUACGUACAUUAAGUUAGUAGAAAGAUCGGCAGUUCAGAGUUCCAAGAACACGUCAACGAGGCAUGUAACAUGAACGUCACAGUCCUUCCUCUCGAUUAAGAACCAUGCCCGGCUACCCGUUUCCUCCUCAGCCAAUGGGCGAGUCUUGGCCGUCGCGCGGCCUCGGGCUGGAAGCAGCUCCGGAGCUACCCAGCUCGGCGCGCCCGCGGGGCGCGUUGCAGCGGAAGUGGGCCGCACGGGCGCGGACGGAAAACUUGAACAUCAUGCUAACGGACGAGGAAAGAGCGUUACUGGCGCAAAACCGGCGUGCCAACCACGCCUUCGUGCGGCCCCACAGUGCGGUGCAGGAAAUGCUGGCCUACGCGACCGUGCCGUACAACGAGCAGUACUACACGUCUUCCCCCAGACGGCGGCGGAGAAGCCUCCCACUUGGCCGUCCUAACGGAUCUACUGGACGCGCGUACCACGCCAAGCGCUUUGGAGCACCAGUGUCGCCAAAAAGAGUCGUUGUAUCGCCGGAAGUUUACUACGGUGUCUUGUCUCCCUCGCCUUCACGGCGGUCGCUCGGCGGAGGUGUAGGACAAGCACAGUACGUCGUUGCAGGACCGGAACGAUUACGAUAUGAAAUGGAAGUACCACCGCGGCCGGCACAACAGCCGGUCGUGCCAAGCAGAAGCGUACAAUUUCGACCGCCACCCCGAGUCCUUCGAAAUGCAACUGCUCAGACGCAUGUCGUCGCGACAAACAGUAGAAGUAGAGCCUCCACCUCUGAGAACGCAAGUGCAAAGCUCGUGGGGCAGCGCGCCGACGCCGAGCACAGCUACGCAGCGAGGUACUCGCAGAGCAGGAAAAGCAAAAAGAGCAGCGCAUCCUCUGCGUCCUCCGCGUCGUCUUCCGUGAUCUCAAAGCAGCGCAGCAGCAAGACGAGCGCGCGCGACAGCGAGCGAAGCGGUCCAGAAGUACAGGUGGUGCCUGGAGGUCGGGGUUCAAGAGCUAGCCGCUCCUCGUUGGCGGGCAAGAAAUCGAAGGCAAAACCAGGGACAACAGUAGCUGCGAGUAACAAGCGGAAAAAAGCUUCCAUUCUCGAGCUGGAAGAUUACCUAAUCAGAGUGGAAAAUCGGGAACAAGAGCAGAAGCGAAAAGAUCAAGGGCAGGAAGGACAGGAAGUGGCUGCGGUCGAAUCUUCGAGAGCGUCAACACAGAAACAAAAAGACAAGGUGAAGGCGCUUGAAAAAAAGUCUACAAUGGAGGAAGCAAUCGUGGAUGCUGCAGCUCCCCCUGCACCCGUUGCAACCGGCCAAACCGCGACAGCUGUAAAAGCGCCUGCGCAAACGCAAGCGGAUGUUGAAAGCGAAGAAGAGUCAUCUUCUGAUGAUCUUGGCACGGAACUCCAAGUUGGUGGGUCUGGACAACCACCAGCCACUGCAGCUGCAGCAACGUCUGGAGCAACUUCGAAACAAAAAACGACAGUCGUUGCUAAAAAGGAACCUGAAGAUCAUGGGAAUGAAGACUCGUCGUCACUUGGAGAACUCGGUGCGCCACCUGCGCCUGCGCUUUCUCGGGAAGCAGCCGCCAAGGCUCAUCAAGUAGCGCCUGUCAAGAAGACCGCUGCGGUGAAUAAGGCGCCAGAGGACGACACCAGCGAGUCUGAAGAAGAGGAGACAAGUAGCGAGGAAGAGGAUCAUCUUGAACUGGGGAUCUCCGGAGGCCCAGGAGCUCCUGCGUCGACGAUGCAAGUGAAAAAUAAAGGUCCAGAACAACACCGGGAGCAGCAGAAAAACAAAAACGCGCGUGUCGCGAGCACACGGAACCAAGGAGAAGAGGAGAAGGAGAGUGCAAGAGCAUCGGCGGCCGAAGCUGUUCCUCCUGCACAACCAGGCUCCAGUGCAACCAGUAGGUCUGCAGAAAAGGAAGCAAACCGACCAAAAACGACGAAUCUACGGGACCUGCUGAACUCUGCCGACCGACCAAAGACGACGACAGCACCAGAAGGGAAGACAAGAUCGCAACUACCGAGAAACAAAUCAAAAGGAGCAAAGGCCGUGUAUGUGGUACCGCCCGCAGAAGAAAUAGAGGUGGUUUACCUCUCUCCGAGAUCGGCGGGGCGGGGUUUAUUUACCGGGACUAAAGGGACCAACAAGCAGUUUUUACCUAAGUCGAGGAAAUCGUCGGGGAAGUUAAAGAAGCGAAGGAAAGCAGAAAUUCAAGCGGAGGAAGAUGCGCCGUCCUCUCCGAGCAGCGCAAAGGGAAGACCAAAAACUGUCAAUGUUGACGCCAUCGUUCCAGCGCACAUGAGAUACGCACAGACUUUCGAGGUGGUGUUCGCGAACUAUCUCACGACCAGCGUCCCGCUGCGCGAGUUUUUGGUGGACAAUGUGCAGCAAGUGAAGGUACAGCUCGAAUGCACAAAAAUGUCGAUUUUUACCGAAAUUCGUGUGAAAAAUCUGUGCUCUAUUCUGCAUGGUGUGAUAGGUCCUGGACAGUUUUUUUGGGACUUUGUUUACCUCCGUUUUGUGCCUGAAAAACACAGCAAGCCACUGAGAUUGUAUUUUUGCGGGACUUUUCACUGCAGGAGUGCUCGUAGAUUUUUGCAAAAAAACUGUGCUCUAUUCUGCACGGUGUGAUAGGUCCUGGACAGGUUUUUGUGCCUUUUUUGACCUCCGUUCUGUGCCUGAAAAACACAGCAAGCCACCGAGAUUGUAUUUUUGCGGGACUUUUCACUGCAGGAGUGCUCGUAGACUUUUGCAAAAAAACUGUGCUCUAUUCUGCACGGUGUGAUAGGUCCUGGACAGGUUUUUGUGCCUUUUUUGACCUCCGUUCUGUGCCUGAAAAACACAGCAAGCCACCGAGAUUGUAUUUUUGCGGGACUUUUCACUGCAGGAGUGCUCGUAGACUUUUGCAAAAAAACUGUGCUCUAUUCUGCACGGUGUGAUAGGUCCUGGACAGGUUUUUGUGCCUUUUUUGACCUCCGUUCUGUGCCUGAAAAACACAGCAAGCCACCGAGAUUGUAUUUUUGCGGGACUUUUCACUGCAGGAGUGCUCGUAGACUUUUGCAAAAAAACUGUGCUCUAUUCUGCACGGUGUGAUAGGUCCUGGACAGGUUUUUGUGCCUUUUUUGACCUCCGUUCUGUGCCUGAAAAACACAGCAAGCCACCGAGAUUGUAUUUUUGCGGGACUUUUCACUGCAGGAGUGCUCGUAGACUUUUGCAAAAAAACUGUGCUCUAUUCUGCACGGUGUGAUAGGUCCUGGACAGGUUUUUGUGCCUUUUUUGACCUCCGUUCUGUGCCUGAAAAACACAGCAAGCCACCGAGAUUGUAUUUUUGCGGGACUUUUCACUGCAGGAGUGCUCGUAGACUUUUGCAAAAAAACUGUGCUCUAUUCUGCACGGUGUGAUAGGUCCUGGACAGGUUUUUGUGCCUUUUUUGACCUCCGUUCUGUGCCUGAAAAACACAGCAAGCCACCGAGAUUGUAUUUUUGCGGGACUUUUCACUGCAGGAGUGCUCGUAGACUUUUGCAAAAAAACUGUGCUCUAUUCUGCACGGUGUGAUAGGUCCUGGACAGGUUUUUGUGCCUUUUUUGACCUCCGUUCUGUGCCUGAAAAACACAGCAAGCCACCGAGAUUGUAUUUUUGCGGGACUUUUCACUGCAGGAGUGCUCGUAGACUUUUGCAAAAAAACUGUGCUCUAUUCUGCACGGUGUGAUAGGUCCUGGACAGGUUUUUGUGCCUUUUUUGACCUCCGUUCUGUGCCUGAAAAACACAGCAAGCCACCGAGAUUGUAUUUUUGCGGGACUUUUCACUGCAGGAGUGCUCGUAGACUUUUGCAAAAAAACUGUGCUCUAUUCUGCACGGUGUGAUAGGUCCUGGACAGGUUUUUGUGCCUUUUUUGACCUCCGUUCUGUGCCUGAAAAACACAGCAAGCCACCGAGAUUGUAUUUGUGCGGGACUUUUCACUGCAGGAGUGCUGGCCGACUUUUGCAAAAAAAGUGUGCUCUAUUCUGCACGGUGUGAUAGGUCCUGGACUGUUUUUUGUGUCUUUUUUGACCUCCGUUCUGUGCCUGAAAAACACAGCAAGCCAUCGAGAUUGUAUUUGUGCGGGACUUUUCACUGCAGGAGUGCUCGGAGACUUUUGCAAAAGAAGUGUGCUCUAUUCUGCGCGGUGUGAUAGGUCCUGGACAGGUUUUUGUGCCUUUUUUGACCUCCGUUCUGUGCCUGAAAAACAUAGCAAGCCACCGAGAUUGUAUUUAUGCGGGACUUUUCACUGCAGGAGUGCUCGUAAACUUUUUCGAAAAAUCUGUGCUCUAUUCCGCAUGGUGUGACAGGUCCUGGAGAUUCUUCGGCUGUAUGUUUUCCUUUGCGCUUGUUAGCUAACAGUAACAGACAUUCUCCUUCUUUAUCCUUGAAGAAAAACAAAAAAAAAUCACCCCGACCCAGGUAUCCGCCCUGACCUUCGAAGCAAUCGAGCUGGCGCCAGCUCUUCUACGCUGGAAAAGAACUACGGCUCGGACGAAAAAAGACCAGCUUACCGUUUGCGAUCUCACGUACCUUCUGGCGUUCUGCGUCACACAGCGGAAGCAGACGCUGCUGCGCGAUGCACGUGCAGCCGGCGAGUUUGUGUUCGACGUGAUGCUGGAAUUACGCGAUGCGGUAGCUGCGUCAUCGGAAAAAUCACCAAACCGGCUGCCCGAGCCGGAGGAGCUACUGGUCAUGGCGGAAGACGCGUUUUCCCUGCUUUUGAAAUACACAAAAUUGGAGAAGGGCUCCCUAAAAUUGUGGCAGCGUCGCACAGACUCCAUGCUCCUAAGCGGGUCUACGUCACCAGCAGAUCAUGGUGCGCCCGAGGCACUGGUGCAUGUACAAGACCACUCCGCGUCUGCGGCAACAAGUAACGCUAAAAACGCGAAAAACGGAACGCAUGUCGCCGUUGACAGCAAUAGCUUGCAGGACGAGAUUUCAUCGCUGCGAGCCCGCACAGAAAAUGCCGCUCCAGUGGAGACCGUCGUAAACCAGACCGCAUUUCUUGCCAGAAAUUCGGUCACGACCGCAGACGCGUCUGAGUCACGGGCGAUCCCUAAGAACGCUGCGGCUACCAGGGCGGAAACGAGCGAAAUUCGUCCUGCGGGUCGACUCGUGCUUAAUACCGCACCUUCUCCGAAAAAUGGUUCAGAGCGAAGAGAUGAAGCACCGAAUGUUGCCGCUGUUCAUCCCGAAGAAGCGCCUGAGGAGCUGCUUUUCGCAGACGAGCAGUCGCUUCCUUCCGCCUCUCCGCCAGCGAUCUCGCCACAAGAUCAGUUGCUGAGUGUCUUGCACAAGAAGGACCUGAUGACUGCCCGUGGAAUCGAUGUCACCGAAGUGAUGCGACUUGAGAAGGAAUAUCCACAAAAAAAUGACCAUCCCCAUCCAAGUUGUCAUGCAAAACAUAUAUCAUGAAGUCCAAGUCCUGUGUUUGUCAUGCGUAAAACGGAUGGGGAUGGUUGUUUUUUCCUGGAUAAGGAAAUGCCGGCCGCGGGCCGGCGCACUGGCGUGCGAAACCCCGCCCUCCCGACCGUGAAGGAGCACAACCUGGCGCAGCGAAAACAGCGUUUGUUCGGUGUGAAGCAGCCGCCAGUACUAGAAGGGAAAAAUAACGCAUCUACUUCAUCAACAUCAAGAGAUCAUUCUGGAGCAAGGCCAAGGGCGAGGCUUGUCGCAGAUGCGGAAGAUGAACCGCCGUCCUACCUGGACGAAAUUUCCGUCCGUCGGGGUCGAGGUGCGUGUGGCCCGCCGGGCGGAAUGAGCUACUCAGCGUACGGAAAAUACAUCUGCGGGGGUGAGAUGGAAGCGCGCAUGGUUGCGAUGGAACAAGACGCACUGAAAAGGACCAAGGCAGUCGCAAGAAGAAAUGCCACAAGACCAAACGCAAAUGCAACCAAUUUGAUGUCCCCGGAACUAGCCACGACGUUUACCUUAUGAGCGCGAAUAGCCCGAAAUAAAGGCACAAGAAGUUUAAUAGCUUG